UAUAUUCAUAGCCUACAUUAAAAAUAUAGAUAAGAAUUGAUAACAAUGAAGACUCCCAUUUUGCACUAACAUGCAUUGAAACAUACAGUAUUUUCGUUUAGUUUAUAACAGGAGACUCAGUGAAAUAUUAUAGUAACAUCUGUUCAAUUGUGAAGAAAAUAUUAAUAUAUAUCAGUUAAAUAAUAAGGAGAAGAUGGAUUACAAUAAAGCACAACCACUUCACCAGCAAUCACAAUUUGGUGGAAGACCUCAAACUCAACAACCAGGACCACUCAGAGCGAGUGCAAUGCAAUCAAAAGCACUCCUGCAAGUUCCAUUCUCACCUGCAAACAGUUGUCCAAAUUGUGGUGUCGGCUUCGUCACUGACAAUUACUCCUGCUGCGCGGUCUGCCUAGGAGCAUGCUGCUUUCCUCUGGGACUUCUGUGCUGCCUGGGAAUGAAGGAGAGAUCCUGCGUCAACUGUGGAGCAGCUUUUAACUAGGAUAUAGAGAAAAUUAUGAUUUAAUGUCUUUGUAACUGUCAUUUUUAUUACUUGAUUUUAAAUAUUAGAUCAGAUGUUUCAUUUUAUGAAAUACAAAAAAUAUAUAUUAAGAAGA